GCAGGCGGGCCCCGCCCACUCGAGCGUCCGUGGCUGUGGGCGGGGCCCGCGCUGCCCCUCAGGCUCGUCACCAUGGGCAGCAAGAUGGCGGCUGCCAGCAGGGCGGUGCAGGCAGUCAAGCCACAUACUCCAUUAAUAAAGUUCCCAGACAGAAAAAGUGGUCCCAGACCUAAAAUACAGGAAUCUCUACAAGCAAGUAUGCCAUCUCUCCUUGCUUCCAAAGCACAGGAAUCUGUAGGAGGCAUAUCACCGGCCUUUCAAAAUAUUUCACCUGCUAGUAGAGUACAAGUUACACCAGACACUUCUGAAUUAACAAGAACCUUACCUCAGAAAUACAGAAGGAAACUAAUGUCAGAUGAAGAGAUUGAAUUUAUUCAACGUGGAGGUCCAGAAUAAAUGGGGAAGAUAGUUUAUUGGCCAGUGCUGAAGAAUUAGGUAUUAUAUUCACAAUAAAGGUGUUUCCUUAAUAUUAAGAAUUAUUGUAUACUAAUAGCUUUUAUAAAAUCCCAUAUGAGGGGUGAGAAGAUUGACACAACACACAAGACACUGAUUUGUGACUGAAAAGGAAUUUAUGUUUAUGGCUAAUAGCAAUUGAAUAUAUAUGAUGUCUGCACCAUUAAAAUAUUUUUCUAAUUAGCCAUUUGAAAAGUUAACAA